CUGUCAGGCAUGGGUCCUGCUCAGCACCAGUCGUAUGGCGGUGUCGACACAACAAAUGAGUCCAUCAACAGAACAAAGAUACUCCUACUCGGAGCAAGAAGGAGUGGCAAAACGUCCAUUCUCCAGGUUCUAUUCAAGGACCUGCCGCCCAAGCAGACCUUUUAUCUCGAACCAACCAUGCGCGUCACUAGACAUACCUUCGAUACAAUCAUCCCUCUCGAGAUAUGGGAUUGUCCGGCCAACAUCACAGUCGAUACCUUGGAAGCUCCGCUCUCCGACUUCUCUACCAUCAUCUUCGUCAUCGAUAUAAGGGACCUCUAUCAACAACCCGUCGCCAAGUUAGUCGAGUUCGUUGUCGCCGCUUUCCAAGCCAAUCCAAACGUCGACUUCGAAGUCUUUGUUCACAAGGCUGAAAAACUCCAAGAGGAUGACAAGUAUGAGAACUUCCGCCAGAUACACGAACGCGUCAUCGAUCGUCUUGCUGAUGAAUCGCCCGAGUUUGAGCAAGUUCCUCUCAAUUUUCACCUAACGUCCGUGUACGACAAUACUCUUCAAGACGCCUUCUCCCGAGUCAUUCACAAAGUCAUCGAUUCCUUGCCGUAUCUUGAAGGUCUUCUGAACGUAUUUUGUUCGAAUACAUCGUGUCUCAAAGCUUUCUUAUUUGACAUCAGAAGCAAACUUUACGUCGCAACCGACGCAUCACCAGUGGACCAAGCAACACAUAACCUCUGCUGCGAUUAUCUGCAGAUGCUUAACUCCUUCGGCCCAUUAUACAAGUCUAACGCAACUUCUAAUCCUCGGACAGCCGUCUUCUCCCCGAUACAGGCUACUUCCGCUGACGAGUCAUCUUCAACCCCCACCAACAGCUCAAACUCACUUUCGUCUGCACCCCCAAAACCAAUCGUUUUUCCAUCCGCCGCGGCAUCGUUGACUCCAUCCCAACCUGGUACGACGCUUACAUACCAUCUCGUUACACCGCAUCUGGCUCUGCUUGCUUUGCUACCAACAACUGUAUAUGAGAUGCGGAGGGGCCUCGUCGAAUGGAAUGUCGUAUGGUUCAGAGAAGGUGUCCGAGAAAUCUGGGAAGUCGAAAAGGAGAGAAGCGAGUUGACGCCCCUACCGCUUUGCUUAUGAUUUUUGGUUACCCUGUCUACCCUCACAGCGGAGAUUAUGAUAUGCACACAUGUAUUGCAAGUAAGGUCCCCAGAGACAACGCUGCCCGGAGACUCCC